AUGGCUUGCUGUUUGUGUGCCAAAUAUUUUCUUUUAUUUUUCAAUUUAAUUAUCUGGUUAUCAGGUGGUGCAUUUCUCAGUUGCGGAAUUCUCGUCCUAUACAGACGAGAUUUACAUGAAUUAUUCGCACUUUUAUCCUACGAUUCCGAUUAUGUACCUUCAUUUCUCAAUGUUGGCUAUGUAUUAAUUGGUAUUGGUGCACUUGUAUUUAUCGUUGGUUUGCUCGGUUGUUGCGGUUCAGUACGUGAAUCUCGUCUUCUACUAGGACUUUAUGUGUUCUUUAUUAUACUUGUUAUGGGUGGAGAACUUGUAGUUGCCUUGUAUACGGUACUAUUAGGUGUGGAAUGGGAUACGAAAUUGGAGCGUACUUUGCAGCGCCGACUUUUAACGUAUAAUUAUUCCAUGCCACAGCGAUUUGAAUACGAUCUGGAUGUUGUUCAAAAGCAGUUUGCUUGCUGUGGUAUUCAUGGAGCAGUCGAUUAUUAUGAGAAUAUGGAUUAUAAAAUAUCCGGAAAUCGUCUUCCGUCAUCAUGCUGCAAUGAUUUAUUCAACGGUGUCUGCAUCGAAGCUCAUUCAUAUCGCAUCGGAUGUUUUACUACUAUCAAUGAUAGUGUACAAUAUUAUGCUCGAUUGGUCGUUGCUGUUGGUAUUGGUAUUGCUUUACUUGAAUUAACGGCAUUAAUGAUGGCUGUAUGUGUAUGUCGGAAUACGAAAUAUGACGAUGAAUUUGAUUGA